GCCGGCUGCUGGGAGAUUGUCUGGGCAUCGGUCAGCGGGUGGAUCUUGUCCAAUGUCAACAAAUGCCCAACAUCAGCUCUGUGAGCGACUUCCUCCUGCUGGCAUUCGCAGACACGCGGGAGCUGCAGCUCCUGCACUUUGCGCUCUUUCUGGGCAUCUACCUGGCUGCCCUCCUGGGCAACGGCCUCAUCAUCACUGCCGUAGCCUGCAACCACCACCUCCACACCCCCAUGUACUUCUUCCUCCUCAACCUCGCCCUCCUCGACCUGGGCUGCAUCUCUACCACUCUCCCCAAAGCCAUGGCCAAUGCCCUCUGGAAUACCAGGGCCAUCUCCCAUCAAGGAUGUGCUGCACAACUCUUUUUUGUUGCUUUCUUCUUUGAAGCUGAGAUUUCCCUUCUCACCAUCAUGUCCUACGACCGCUACAUUGCCAUCUUCAAGCCCCUGCACUAUGGGAGCCUCUUGGGCAGCAGAGCUUGUGCCCAGAUGGCAGCAGCUGCCUGGGGCAGUGGCUUUCUCCAUGCUGUGCCUCACACGGCCAAUACAUUUUCCCUGCCCCUCUGCCAAGGCAAUGCUGUGGACCAGUUCUUCUGUGAGAUCCCCCAGAUCCUCAAGCUCUCCUGCUCAGAUGCCUACCUGAGGGAAGUUGGAGUACUUGUUUUCAGUGUUUUUUUAGGUUUUUGUUAUUUUCUUUCCAUCGUGUUGUCCUAUGUGCAGAUCUUCAGGGCAGUGCUGAGGAUGCCCUCUGAGCAGGGCCGGCACAAAGUAUUUUUCACGUGCCUCCCUCACCUGGCCGUGGUCUCCCUGUUUGUUAGCACUGCCAUGUUUGCUUACUUGAAGCCCCCCUCCAUCUCUUCGCCAUCACUGGACCUUGUGGUGGCAGUUCUAUACUCGGUGGUGCCUCCAGUAGUGAACCCCCUCAUCUACAGCAUGAGGAACCAGGACCUCAAAGAGGCAGUGAAGAAACUCUUUGGAUAA